GAGCCGGGGUGGGCGAGGCGGCGCGGGGCAGCGAGGGGGCCAGGCCGGGCGGCGGGCGCCCUCGGAGCCGGCGGGCCAGGAUGAGCCUGUUGUCAGCCAUCGACACCAGCGCCGCCUCGGUCUACCAGCCCGCCCAGCUGCUCAACUGGGUCUAUCUGUCGCUGCAGGACACGCACCAGGCCAGCGCCUUCGAGGCGUUCCGCCCGGAGCCCUCCGCCGCCGCCGCGCAGCACCCGGAGCUCGGCUACCCCAGCAAGAGCACGCCGGAGCUGGGCUCCUCGCUCAACUCCAGCUAUCUCAACAGCUUCUUCCAGCUGCAAAGGAACGAGGCACUGAGCAGCAAUCUAUAUAAGAGCGCCUCUCCCUAUGGCUCCCUUAAUAACAUCGUGGAUGGCUUGAGCUCCCUCACUGAACAUUUCUCUGACAUAUCCCUCUCGUCGGAAGCUAGAAAGCCCAGCAAAAGACCGCCACCCAAUUACCUGUGCCACCUGUGCUUUAACAAAGGACACUACAUCAAGGAUUGCCCACAGGCCCGUCCAAAAGGAGAAGGCCUGACACCGUACCAGGGGAAAAAACGCUGCUUCGGUGAAUACAAAUGUCCCAAGUGCAAGAGAAAAUGGAUGAGUGGAAACUCCUGGGCCAACAUGGGACAAGAAUGUAUCAAGUGCCAUAUUAACGUCUAUCCUCACAAGCAGAGACCCCUGGAAAAACCUGAUGGCUUGGAUGUUUCCGAUCAGAGUAAAGAGCACCCUCAGCAUCUGUGUGAGAAGUGCAAAGUGUUGGGGUAUUACUGCCGCCGUGUGCAAUGAACCGACCAGGAUCACCUCUGCUCACCACCUUUUGAGAUCCUCUUGUAGCACACACAGUCAAAAGGAAGAGGGAGAGGGGAGAAUAUAGCGGGCAAGAAACCGCAAACUUCGCCAAUAUUGCCUAUCAGUAAACUAAUAAUAUGCCUUACCUUUAAUAGAAUGUAACCUUUUUCCUGUGUAUGUGUAUACAUGCCAGUUGUAUUUAUAGGACUAUGAUUUGUUUUUAUAUAUAUAUAUGAAACAGAUGUAAGGUGCACAUCACCAGGCUGUGCUAUUGAAGGUCCUCCAUUCUUUUCUCCGUGGCCGGCGUGGCACCUAGUGGAAGCCACGCUGAAACAAGGUGGGGGUGGUGUAGAGGUUGCUCUUGUAGGAUUGCGUCCAUAACCACUCACGUGGUUUCUGCUGGCUGUUUAUACAGUUCCAGUAUCCUGCCCAGACAGAAUAUCACUGUGUUCAGAGAGGUAUAUAAUUGCAUGGGGUUAUAGAAAGAUGAUAUGAAUAGCUUCUGCAGGCAUCAGAAAAAUAGGUUCAGAGGGCGUUCAAGGCAACACCACCAACAUUGUACUGGUAUAAGGAAUCAGGAAAACUUAGAUCCAGGGGAAAUCAUCAUUUUUUACUUCAAGGUUCGUUUGAAAGUUUUGUGUGGGUGCAUGUUUUCUAAGCCUUCAGGGCCACAGAAGUGGGGCUUCUAAUGUGAUUUAGACUAGUAGAACAUGAAGGUUCAAAAGAAAAAGUGAAUGAUUGUUUGAGGGAGUGGUUUGCGUGGAAAUAUAAUGGUCGAGCAGGACAUGAGAGGUCAGCUGGGAAUUUAGCUUUUGUAAGGCAGCAGCCUCUAAACAUGUUUAUUCAGAAGCACGUUCCACUUCAGAAUCAAAGGUGCCUUCUUCGGAAUAGAUGUGUUUUAGGGGACAUGCUUUUUACUGGCUAUUGUUGACCAAUAGUGUCCCCUGGUCAUAAUUACUUCUAUCUGUAUGUACUUGCUAUGCAAGAGGUGACUCAAAUUCUUUCCUUUAUUGAGCCCAGAAGCCAUUUUUUUAAAUAUGAGCAACAGAACAAAUGAAGUCAACAGGGCUGAAGCAGUCCCCAUCAGCAUAGACACCUAGUUGUCCAGUUUGGCCCUUCACUCUUCUAGAGCAGAGAGCCCUUACCACUUCCUGUAAGGAGAGGCCAGGCUGCUGAGUGCUCCACAAUUCCAGUGUACACAUACACGCAUAUACAUAUAUGGGGUGAGAGACGUAUAUCCUCUCCGCAUUUGGUAUUCAGUCCAAAAAUGCCCCCCAAGCCCCAGGUAGCUGGAAAUGGCAUUUCCCAUUGGAAACAAUGGCCAAAGCUUACUGAAUAAUACUGAAGCAGCUCCUCAUACUCAAAGCGGGAAACUGAUUUGGGAUUUGGGUUAUUCCGAAUUUUUUCCCACUUCGGUGUUACCAAAUCAAAAAUACCGAAUCUUUUUUCUGGGCACACCCCUACUCUCUACAUCAAAAGAAACACUUCAGCGUUCCACCCAGAGGCUUUGAAACAAUAUCAUGAUUAACUCUUUUACUCAAGAGAUGUACUAGAACCUCCCUUUAAGGAGCUCUGAAAAAAAGAUUUCACCUGCAUUCAAGACUGAAAGAUGCUUCUUGCAUUAUGCCACCCCCACCCCCAACACACACAUAUGCAGGUCCCAUUGAAAACCAUUUUUGCUGGUCUGAGACCAGUCUACUUAGGAAGAGACCCAGGUGGUUUUGACCUAACAGUAUAGACAGUCACUCCAGGUCAGCACCUGCAGCAAUGGUAACUCUGCAGCCCCCGCAUGGGAAGAUCUCCAUUUGAUUUGGUUAGGCCACAUGGAAAGUGAGUCGGGCAGUACUGCUCUUAUAUGGAGCCCCACCACGGGUAAGGUCCUUUCAGUGCUUUCCUUUUUGGUGGCAUCUUAGUAGGUCAUGAGCUUAGAGCACCAGAAAAAACAUGAGGAGAGCAGCUGUGACUCGGUGGCAGAAAUCCCAGGUUCAAUCCCCGGCAUCUCUAGCUAAAAGGACCAGAGAAUAGGCAAUGUGAAAGACCCUCCACCUGAGACUCUGGAGAGUUGCUGCCAGUCUGAGUAGACUAGGGAUCCCCAACAUAGUGCCCGUGGGCGCCAUGGUGCCUGCAACUUUCUUUGCACCCACCAAGUGUUUUUAGAAAGUGGGUGGGGCUUUUGCCCAGAAAGGCUACCUUACUGACCCCAGGAAAACUGAUUGUGCAGAUUAAAAUACUGUUGCUUUAGCAAAAGCUGCCACCUCAAUAUUGGUUUUAUUCUCUCAUUCCUCUUUCCCAAUGUUUACUUUUUUAAAAAAAAUUACCCCACUUCUCCUCUGCACUUGGGCUUCUUCUGCUUGCAUGGCUCUACCCCCUACAACAGCCAUUUUGUGGUUGUCCUGUGGCAGGCAUUUUGUGGCUGCACCCACCUCUGUGUCAGAAUUCCAAAGGUGCCUGCAGAAUCCAAAAGGUCGGGAAAACCUGGCGUAGACAGGACUGUGGGAGGAGGGCUAUUUGUGUUACAGCCAGUUCCAUGUCUCUGCACAUGUUGACUAAAUAUGUUUGGGGAGAUGCGUGGAACCACCUGGAACACAAAUAGCCCUCCCCCCAUAGCCCUUCUCUGCCACUUAAAGCAUGCUCAGUGCAGAGGAGGGAAUGAAAACGCUCCUCCUGCCUCUAUGUGCGCAUGGGAGCCAAUCCCACCCCCACCCCCCAUUUUUAAGGUAAGCUUCAAGUCACAUUAAACAGGAGUUGGGGUUUCCUCCCAUAAAAUUCAAGCUUGGCCCACCUGUAAAGAGUGUCAAAUAAACUCAUGCCACAUCACCUAGAGAUAAUGUCAUGCUAUGCAUCACAAACUAAAAACUUGUAUUGACUGUAUUUAUCAGCAGUAGUUAGGAAGAACUGCUCUGUUUCAAGCCGGGAUGGAAUUAAUGCCAGUUUAGGUUUUCCACAUGUGGACACUAAUACAGAAAAAAGGUGUUGGGCAGGUAGAUACAGCUUCCCACCAUUCUGUCCAGCGUUCGAUUUUCACUGUGAACCUGCCUGCUUUUGACUCCCAUCUCCAACUUGUUAAUGGAUACCAUAAAUAUGGCUUGAUAACUGAGUCAAAUCACUGGCCUGUCUGGUAUCAUUCUGGCUACUGUGACGAGCAGCCAUUCUUCAGAAUCUCAGACAGACAGGGCUUUUUUUCAGCAGGAAUGCAGUGGAACGGAGUUCCGGAACCUCUUGAA